UAGUAGCAACACGCGCCGAUCCAUCCAGGGGAGUUAGAGUUGAUCGAGGGGAUGGGCGGCGCGACGUCGUCGUCGGGGACGACGGCGAGCUGCGCGGCGGAGGCGGCGCAGGCGCUGUGCUGCGCGUGCGUGGGGCAGUCGACGGUGGCGGUGGGCGAGUCGUGGGGCCGGUACGACGCCGUGCUGGGGCCCGGGUGCCACUUCGUGCCGUGGUGCGUGGGCCGGCGCGUCGCCGGGUACCUCUCCCUCCGCGUCCAGCAGCUCGACGUCCGGUGCGAGACCAAGACCAAGGACAACGUCUUCGUCACCGUCGUCGCCUCCGUCCAGUACCGCGCCCUCGCCGACAAGGCCUACGACGCCUUCUACCGCCUCACCAACGCCCGCGCCCAAAUCCAGUCCUACGUCUUCGACGUGAUAAGGGCGAGCGUGCCAAACAUGAACCUGGACGAGGUGUUCGGGCAGAAGAAGGAGGUGGCGCAGGCGGUGGAGGAGGAGCUGGCGAAGGCGAUGACCAUGUACGGGUACGAGAUCGUGCAGACGCUGAUCGUGGACGUCGUCCCCGACGAGGUGGUGAAGCGCGCCAUGAACGACAUCAACGCGGCGGCGCGCCUGCGCGUGGCGGCGGCGGAGCGCGCCGAGGCGGAGAAGAUCCAGCAGGUGAAGCGCGCCGAGGGGGAGGCGGAGGCCAAGUACCUCGCCGGCGUCGGGGUGGCCAGGCAGCGGCAGGCCAUCGUCGAGGGGCUCAAGCGGUUCGUCCCCAACGAGAAGGACGUCAUGGACAUGGUGCUCGUCACGCAGUACUUCGACACCAUCCGCGACAUCGGCGCCACGUCGAGGUCGUCCACCGUGUUCAUCCCGCACGGGCCCAGCGCCGUCCGCGACAUGGCCGCGCAGGUCCGCGACGGCCUGCUCCAGGCCACCGCCACCGCCGCCGGAGGCGGAGGCCCCGCCGCCCUCAAGUCAUUGUAGAGCACGCCGCGCCGCCAUGGGGUGUACCUGCAAUUUUCUGCCUGGUUUUGCUUGCAUCGUUUUCAGUCCUGUGUGUUUG